ACUUAAAAUACAUACAGAGCUAAACGUCAGCUUUCUACAUUUUUAUUGUGAACCUGUUUCAUGUUGUCCUCAAACUCAACUUUUGAGAGAAACACAUUGUAUUCAUAUUAGAAACCAAAGAAACUACCAAUAUUUUAGCUUGUAUGAUACUUAUCUUCUCUUACCAAAAUCUUUUAUCUCUAUUCACACGCGCGCUUAAAAAAAAACUCUCAGGAAAAAGACAGAAAUCUGCGUCGAAUCACCCGGAUGGUCCUGGUGGUGGUGGCCGUCUUUAUCGUCUGCUGGACUCCCAUCCACGUCUUCGUCAUCAUCACGGCUCUGAUCAACAUCCCCAGCUCCACGCUGCAGACCAUCACCUGGCACUUCUGCAUCGCUCUGGGCUACACCAACAG